GGCGCGGGGUCUCGCGGGCCCCCGCUCCCCUCCGCUCGCCUGGCCCGGACCGGAAGCGGCGCCGCACGGCCUGGGCCUGGCGCGGGGGCGGGCGCCGGGGCCCGGUCGGACAUGGGCAAGAAGCACAAGAAGCACAAGUCGGAGAAGCACCUCUACGAGGAGUAUGUGGAGAAGCCCCUGAAGCUGGUCCUCAAGGUGGGGGGUAAUGAAGUCACCGAGCUCUCCACCGGCAGCUCGGGGCACGAGUCCAGCCUCUUCGAGGACAAGAACGACCAUGACAAACACAAGGACAGAAAGCGCAAGAAGAGAAAGAAAGGAGAGAAGCAGGUUCCAGGGGAAGAAAAGGGGAGAAAGCGAAGACGAGUAAAGGAGGAUAAAAGGAAGCGAGAUCGGGACCGUGUGGAGACUGAGGCAGAAAAAGAUCUUCAAUGUCAGACGCCUGUAAGAUUAGACUUGCCUCCUGAGAAGCCUCUUGCCAGCUCUUUAGCCAAACAAGAAGAGGUAGAACAGACACCCCUUCAAGAAGCUUUGAAUCAACUGAUGAGACAAUUGCAGAGAAAAGACCCAAGUGCUUUCUUUUCAUUUCCUGUGACUGAUUUUAUUGCUCCGGGCUACUCCAUGAUCAUCAAACACCCAAUGGAUUUUAGUACCAUGAAAGAAAAGAUCAGGAACAAUGACUACCAGUCCAUUGAGGAGCUGAAGGAUAACUUCAAGCUAAUGUGCACUAAUGCUAUGAUUUACAACAAACCAGAGACCAUUUAUUAUAAAGCUGCAAAGAAGCUGUUGCACUCAGGGAUGAAAAUUCUUAGCCAGGUAAAGAAAACUCUGUCAUAAAUAGCUGUUGUCCUG